UUGAGCGCCGGCGGAGGCAGAAUUUAGGGGCUACUGGGCUAUGAAGCGCACUCGCCCGACCACUUUCUCGGCCCCGCAGUAGCCGGAAUUGGGCUUCGGCUUCCCAGCUCGCGGCGUCCCCACAGCCUCGCUCCCCCAGCUCCCGCGGCUUUCCGCGAUCCGAAUUUGUAGGCCCCUUAAAGGGUCCCAGUUGCUCUUUGCUCGAUCCUGCAGAACGGAAGUGAGGGCCCUGGACUUCAGUCUCAGACGGUGGGGAUCGGGAUGGCUUCCGUGCUGAUCCGAGAGGCCAAGGAGGGAGACUGUGGAAAUAUCCUGAGGCUGAUUCGGGAACUCGCUGAAUAUGAGAAACUCUCGGAUCAGGUGAAGAUCAGUGAAGAAGCUCUGAUCUCUGCAGCCCUGAGAGCAGAUGGCUUUGGAGAGAAUCCUUUUUAUCACUGUUUGGUAGCAGAGAUUCUUCCUGCCCCCGGGGAGCCACAGGGGCCCUGUGUGGUGGGCUAUGGGCUGUACUACUUCAUCUACAGCACAUGGAAGGGACGAAACAUUUAUCUGGAAGACAUCUACGUGAAGCCCGAAUAUCGGGGUCACGGGAUUGGCUCCAAAAUAAUCAAAAAGGUGGCUGAGGUGGCCCUAGAUAAGGGCUGCUCCCAGUUCCGCCUGUCAGUCCUGGACUGGAACAAGAGGGCCAUGGACUUGUACAAGGCCCUAGGAGCCCAAGAUCUGACGGAAGCUGAGGGCUGGCACUCCUUUCGCUUUGAAGGAGAGGCAAUGAGGGAGCUGGCAGGAAAGUGAUCCCAUCCCUUGAGAAUCUCUAUCUCAGCUUCUCCAUGCCCACCAGCUCAAGCACUCCUUAGAGACUAUCACCCCAGAGAUAGUCUCCACCGACAAAGGCCUUCCUGAAGGAAGGAGGAUUGGGGGUGAAUAUUCCCAAAUGGAAAGAGCAGAAGCAUGGAAAAGGCCUUCCCACCUUCUUGUUAAGGGUGAAAAAUAAAUGAGAAUUCCUA